AUGUCUUGGAAUUCUUCAGGCUUGUGUAGCCGGAGCGUCCUGGAGGUCGACGAAGUCCCGGAUGACAAGGGAGACUUCGUGAGCAAGUCUGUGAAGAGCAUGUGCGGGAGCUUGGUUCCCGAGCCCUUCGUCGUCACAGCAAGGGCCAUUGUUAUCAGGUUUUAUUCGGGAAUCUUCUACCCGCGUCCGCACGAUGGCGUCGGGGGAUUCAGGCUGGCUGUCCAGACCAGGCCGGUCGCGAUACUGCCGCCGCCUCCAAGGACCCUGAAGGUGGGCGAAAUCCUGACCAUAAUCUUGGGCUGCAUUCUCGUCCUCACCAUCUGUUGCUUUGUCUGUUACAUCGUGAAGCGGCACCGACUGGAGCGGCGCUGGAUCCUGCAGCGCGAGGUGAUGCAACAGCGCCUGGCCAGCCACCAGCGGUCCUGCCACGAGGCAGCGAACUUGACGUCCAUGCUGACCGGCCUCGACAUCGUUCGCCAGACUGGGUUGGCGAGGCCGGUCGGGGGAGUAGGGGGGUCGUCGAGGGCGUGCCCCCCGCUCCCGACGGAGAAGAAGGACUAUCCGGACGCCCCCGGAGGCCAAUACCAGCCCUACCGACCCGCCCUUCCGCCCAGCCUCCCUCGCCCACCCGUCCUGCGCCAGGAAAAUGCGGUUGGAAACGAGGAUGAACUGCAUUUGUACAUGGAACUGGAACAGCUUAAGAUGAAAGAUUCGGGAGUUUGCUUCUUGGAGCAGUCUGCAUGUCACUCCUCGUCGGCUGGUGACACGCUCAGAGGAGGACGCCCUUCGGCCAACAUAACGUUGUCAGACAGCUGUUCUUGUACGUAUUCUGCGUGCCAGGCGUGCGUUUCUCCUUGCCAAGGCACUGCGUCCUGCCACGCGAGCCGGAAGCCUCGGCGACAGACCUCUACGAACCUGCUGACCCCCGCCGUGAACACAGCCAGUCCAACCUACAUUUGCGCCAACGCCGUGACCUCGGUGAACGCUGAGGAGAGCAGGGCCUCGGGCAGCCCCAGCGGCGACUCGAAGUGCCAUCGCCCCAGAGGGCUCUCCCUAUCCUCCUUGCUCUAUCCGAAGCUCUCCCUGUCACCCUCGGAGGCAAGGAUGCCGGCCUCACUCUCCUCUAGCUGCUCUAGGAGGCGGCGACACAGGUCUUCCCACGCCGAAAACCACAGCGACGGCCUGUUGUCCCCAAGGAACCUGGCUGUGAUGUCCCACGGGAAAGGGGGCAGUGAGGAGGCAUCCCGAGGAAUGAGGAGCCAAAUCAUGGCCUUCGCGAAGGGUGACCCGCAUCCUCGCCCCCAGGCUUUCGUGGAGGACGCGUCCAGAAAACCGCACGAGCCAAAGGCUGUCGAGGAGAACCACAGUCGGGCAGCAAGCCUGAGUUGCGAGGAGCUAGAACGAGCCCAAAGCAGUUUGGAAAGCGUCUUCUUUAGCGGUGACCCAGACCGGCGACCAUGGCGGAGGUUGGUGCCCUGUUCGGACCACGCCCUCACGCCGGAAGGACUCCAUCACUCCGCACACGCACGCCAAGCCUCUCGCGCCCAACUCUCCAAGUCGUGCGGGGAUGUAUCGCCGCCCGCGGACUCUACGCCGCCGUGGGGGUCGCUGGAUGUGCACCGCUCGGACCCCAGCCUACCGCGGGAAGCCCUCGGCGCCCGCAUCUGCCCCGCCCUCCGCCGCGUCUCCGGCAUGUUCGUGGGCUCCUCCCCUUUCACGGCGGCCCCGGAGGAAGUGUCCUCCCCCCCGCCGCGCCCCGCGAAGGACGCAGAAGGAGGCAAAGGCGUCGCGUGGACGCCGCACGCCGCCUUCCGCUCCUGCUUCGCUUCCUCCGCGCACGGCUUCGCGCCCUUCAAGUACAACCGCUUCGGCGUCUGCGGCGGAGGCGACGACGGAGCCUCGGUCGCCGAAGAGUCUCGCUGUUCGGAGGGCGUCGCGAGGCCUUAGAUGACGCGAUCAGAAAAGGGGUUUAUUAAAUCAGCAGAUUGAAGUGAGACAAUGAAAAAGGGGGUGAUAGAGAGAGAGGGAGAGAGAGAGAGAGAGAGUGGAGAUUGAGUAAGCUAAGCAAACGACGCCUUUCAUCAAAGAAAACGGAGACGACGUCGGCCAUGGAUCCCUGUUCCUCUCCGUGACAGUAUUGUGCUGUGUCGUUUGCUUUUUUGUUGCUUGACAAUGAUCGCACUCUAUAUAUAUUUCUAUAAGCAGGAGGAAAUGUUAUUUGACAAGUCACCUUUCUCCUUUUAUCAAACACAUUAGUUUACAAUAACGUAUUAUAUAUGCUUACAAGUUUAAGAUUUUGCUCUCUUAGUAUUUUAUUUUUCCCGUAAAUAGUUUCGAAUUCGAAGAUUUUAAUAUAAAUAGCGUUACGCAUUCUUUUGUUUCUUAUUGUUUUGUUUGCUUUUGGUUGUUUUCUUAAUAAUGUUGAAAUGUGCAAAACGUCAUAAUAAAAAUAUGA